UUUUUAUGGUCUCAAACAAAAAACCUGUUGUAUUUUAAUUAACAAGUAGAGGAGAAUACAUGAAUUCAUAUUUGCGUCAUCCUUUUGUUAGUCUGAAUCCCAGGAGGCGGUGCCGUUGAGCGUCCGGUGCUGCAGGGGGCGCUGUGACCCUCAGGAAAACGUGGAGCACCGCAGAGGAAGACGUCUGUACACGGAAAUCAUUCAGGACUUUACAUGUAUGUGCUUCUCCCCGUUCCGCCGCCUUCCUUCGUGUAACGCACGGGUUCCUCUGGCUGUGCGUUAAAUGGCUGUUGGUGAUGCGACGGGCGGCGUGACGAGAAGGUAAGAAAAUGAUCGCCUCUGAGCCGACGCUAGAAAAGCAGCCAGGGUCAAUGGACGCCAGGGCUUGAAGCUGCUGUUUUGACAGCUGGGUUGAGCCUCCGGUACCUGGUCUGUCCGUGGGUCCGUCUGCUCGAGCGAGCUGCUGGGAACAGACGAGGGCCGAGGUUUGACCCCAGGAGAGGCUCCAGACGGAGCGAGUCUGCGGCUGUGAAGUGGCGUUUGAAGCGCUGUUGUCGGAAAAGUACAAAGCACCCCGACCCGUGGCCAUGGCUUCGUCCCGGCUGAAGUACCUCUCUCUGGGGGUGCUGGUGUUCCAGACCACCUCCCUGGUGCUCACCAUGCGCUACUCCCGCACCCUGCAGGCCGAGGGCCCGCGCUACCUGGCCUCCUCCGCCGUAGUGGUGGCGGAGGUCAUGAAGAUCCUGACGUGUGUGCUGCUGGUCUUCAAGGAGCACGGUUACAACAUGCGAGCGCUGAACAGCAUCCUGCGCCAGGAGAUCGUUCACAAGCCCAUAGAGACGCUGAAGCUCGCCAUCCCGUCGGGGAUCUACACCCUGCAGAACAACCUGCUGUACGUUGCCCUGUCCAACCUGGACGCAGCCACCUACCAGGUGACGUACCAGCUGAAGAUCCUGACCACGGCCCUGUUCUCGGUGUCCAUGCUGGGCCGCAGGCUGGGCGUCUACCAGUGGCUCUCUCUGCUGAUUCUUAUGGCCGGAGUGGCUCUGGUGCAGUGGCCCUCCGAGUCGCCCUCGGCCCCGGAGAAGGACACUCCGUCUGCCGGCUCCCAGUUUGUCGGGGUGGCGGCCGUUCUGGUGGCGUGCUGCUCCAGUGGCUUCGCCGGCGUCUACUUUGAGAAGAUCCUGAAGGAGAGCAAGCAGAGCGUGUGGGUCCGGAACAUCCAGCUGGGGAUGUUUGGCUUCGUCUUUGGGCUGGUCGGCAUGCUGGUCUACGACGGCGAGCGGGUGAGCGACUCGGGGAUGUUCCAGGGUUACAACACGGUCACCUGGACGGUGGUGGCGCUGCAGGCGCUGGGGGGUCUGGUCAUAGCAGCGGUCAUCAAGUACGCAGACAACAUCCUCAAGGGCUUCGCCACGUCGCUCUCCAUCAUCCUGUCAACUCUUAUAUCCUACUUCUGGCUGCAGGACUUCGACCCGACCAGUGUGUUUUUCCUGGGGGCCAUCUUGGUCAUCGUGGCCACGUUCCUGUACGGCUAUGAGGGAAAGGCGCCCUCCAACCCCAGCAGGGCAUAGGACGCGCACAGCUGACACUAUAGCGGCAGUGGGAGGCCCCAUUGAAGCACGGAGACGAGCCAAGGAGAGCGGAGCACGAGGAGGGAGGCAGAGGAGGAGGAGGAGGACAGAAGGAGCAGAAAUGCAAUGAGCAAGCACAACACUGUGACGCGUCUCGCGCUGAAGUGCCUCAGUUUGGAAGAGCAACCAAUGAGAAACUCUGUCUGUUUUUUUGUUUUUUUUGUUUGUUUUUUCCUGUGAGUUACUGCUGUAGAGGUAAUUCUGGCGGCCGCACCUGCAGACGUGACGCAGGGUGCUCAGCAGGGAGCCUGUGUUUGCUACCGGCUCCGUCCGUACGGCAGAGGGGGCGAUGAGUAGUACUGAACGUGACCUUAGCUGCCACCUCCCAGUCGCAGCGUUUGACGUCCUGCCAGUCAGUCUGUCCUCUGGACGCACAUUCAGGGCCCGUUUAGAGCGCGAGUCCUCCCAGAGAGGCUUCUACCAGUGCUGGACGUGAUGGUUUGGAGAUGGGAUCGGUGCCGAGGCCUCUCUCUGGGGAAGCCAUGGUAGGCUAGAGUCCACGAUCACAACUAACUAGAAGUUAUGGCUUUGAUUUAGCUAUUUAUAGUUUUGGUUGCCAGGCGACAGUUAAUCACUGGGGCGUCUUUGGUAACAUUUAGUGUUAGUCACAGAAAUGGUUCAGUGUGUGACUCUGGGCUGGUUCAUGUGGAUGUAUAAAUAAAAUACAGGACUAAAUUGACCUGACGCAUCAGGAGUGGAUUGGUAGCUGGUCUGUUUACUGGUUUAGAUGCGUGCAGUCUGAAGAACAGCUCGACUUCUCCUAAGCUUGAUGUUAAUGCCAGCGUUCAAACAGGAAGUGCUACGUGUAAAUGCCUGUGUAAGUUAUUAAUGGACUCAGCAUCCUCGUCCUCGUGUAGCUGUAAAUCCUGCUGCUUCUGUGGCGACGUCAUCAACCAAUGCUGUAACGAUGGACUGUGCGGCACCACCGCCGUUUUCCUUCUGGGACUACUUUUAUUUGGGAUGAAGCGGGUAUAAUUAAUAACUUUAAUAUUUCCAGUUACCAAUAUGUGAAUCUUUUAUAAAUGGGAACUGUGUCCUUC